AUUACCAUGUUAAGUUACAUAACUAAAUAAAAUUAUAUUUAGUUAUCAUUUACUUUUACACAAUUUUUUGUAAGUAGUUAAUGGAGAAUUUCCAAUAAUUAGUAGAUAAUUAGGCAUUUAAAAGAUGUCUGUUAAACUAAUAGCUACUCGUUCAAGCAAUAUGUUCUUUAUAAAUACAUAUUGAUAUGAUAUUGUUUGUGUUCAAGUGUAUUUUUCUUGUUAGGGACAUUAAGAUUAUUUAAGAUUUCUUGUAUUAAGUGUUUAGACAGAGAUUCAUCAUUAUAUUUUUAUAUGGAUAACAAAAUUAAUUGCUGCUUUGUAAAUAAUUAUGGAGCUUGUUAUAAACAAUCAUAUACUCAAGAAAGAAAUCUGAUUGAAGAUAUUGACAGCAAUGAUCGUAAGCUACUUGAAAAACGAACAAAUCUGAAACAAGAACAAAUUACUAAUAUAUGCACACACCAUCAUGAUAUGUUAGUUGUAAGAUAUGAGGGUAAUCAAAAAAGUUGCUGUAAUCCAUUUCUGAGUCACCAAAAGGUGUGUAGAGCAUCUCUACGUGUGAUUACAAUGCAUACUGUGUUAAAAGCAGAAACCAUAGGUUUAAAUCUUAUACCUGGAAAAAAACUGUGUCCAACCUGUCGAAGUAAAGUUAUGACAUGUUUAUCAAAAAGUAUAAUUGAAAAUAAAAAUGAUGAAGAUUUUGAUAUUGUUAAUAAAAGAUCCAUUCAAAAUAAAAAAGAAAGUGUAGAUACACACUUUGCAUCUGCCGGAGUAUCUCCAAAUAAGGUCAAAGGAUUGCACAAGUCAGGUAAAAUCAGAGAAGGUAAACAAAAAUUGACAGCAUUAACAACCUCCAUUAAAAAAAGGUAGCCAUUUCCCUUAAUAUAUAAGAAGAAAGUUUUGAAUAACAGUCAAGUUUUAAUAAUAAGUUUAUGGAAAAAGCAAACUUGUUUGAUAACAUGAUGGUAUUGUUAACUAACAAAAGUCUACAUCAACAUCAAAAAAAGUACAACUUGCGACACUUGCUCCAACAGACUGGUCAAUAAAAAAGGUAUCUGAAACAUUGUAUGUAACAAACUAUGUAGCUCGAACUGCACGUAAGUUAACAUUAGAAAAUGGUAUUAUAACCAUGCCUAAUCCUAAAUUAGGAAAAGCUCUUCCUGAUGUAACAGUUCAACUGGUCAAGACCUUUUACGAAGACAAUUAACAUAGCCGUAUAAUGCCUGGUAAAAAGGACUAUGUAAGCAUAAAGAAAAAUGUCCACAUGCAAAAACGUUUGCUCUUAUGUAAUUUAAAGGAAUUGUUUGUUGCCUUUAAAACCAAGAACCCAGAAUUAAAAAUAGGAUAGUAUAAUAGUGUCUUCUGUUGUUUAGGAUAAUUUAGGAAAUUUUUUUGCUUGUUACGCUCUUGUCAUCAGAGGUUUUUUAAACCAUCAAAAUUUAUUUUAAGCAUGUCUCCACGCGAGAUCGCAAAAAGCGAAAAAAUAAAAUUAUUUUAGGCUGCUUAACUGCAGAUUUAUCGCUUUUCACCAACCAUGUGAUUCAAAAAGUUUGAAUAUUGUUCAUAUUAAAAAAAAAUAUCUGUCUGACAAAUGUAUAUUAAAUAAAACAGAUUUUUCAUGUAAAGUUAUAUGCAUGUUGUAUAAAAAUGGAUUUGUGCUUGCACCUUUAGUCCAUGAUAUUGUUUGGUAGCACAAAAAACUUGAUAUCAUGUGUUGGUAAAUAAAUUUAAGUUUGUUUUCAUUUAAUCCUUAAGUUUAAUUCUUAAAUAAAGCUUGUUAUGAUUUUUUAAAAAAGAGUUAUCAAAAAAUUUUCUUAAUUUUAUAUCAAAUUAUUUUUAAAAAUAAUUGUUAUAAAUUUUGUUAUUAUAUAGAAAAUAGUGCUUUUAAAGGCUUUUUAAAGAUUUAUGGUAAAACUAGGGCCCUGUGAAUUUGCAGUUUUUGUUUCGAAUUGAAUCGCAAAUCAAAGAAGGUCUUGAUUCGCAAUUCAUUUUAACAUUAUGAAGUCUAAAUUUAAGCAUUUUUUAUUUAAUAUAUAUUUCAGAAUAAAAUAAAUAAAACAAUUGUUUAAUCUCUUAAUUGAUGAUUUUUGUCCUGGUUACCCUUUUUUAAUGACUGAUUAAAAAGUUAUUUAAGGAUAAGUAACGUUAUUUUGAUAGCGCCAAAGCCCAGAAUAUCUAAAAUACCCAUAACAAAAACAAAAUAAGCAAGUAUUCAAUUUUUGAAAAUUUUUGAAUCGUAACUUGAAUCAUUUUUGAUUUGAUUCAAUUUAAAAUUUCAAAUUUUUCGCAGGCCCAUAGGUAAAACAUUUUAAUUUCCUUUUAACCCUUUAAUUUCAAUAUAAUUUUUACUAUGCAGCUAUAUAAUCUAUAAGUUAAAGUUGUAAUUUUCUGUCAGUUAAUUCACACUAACAAAUAUUUUAUGAAUGAGAAUAAAAAGUGUUGUUUUUAAAAAUAAACUUUUCCAGUUUAUAAAGUAUAGUAGGGCAGGCAAAAUGUAUAUUCGAGCUGUUUGGAUAGAAAAUAGAGAGAAAAUACGAUUGAUUUAAAUGUAAUAAAUUGUUUCAAGGAAAUGCAUGAACUGCAGUCUAACUAAUAAAGAUUUAAGCUGCUCAAAAUUAAAUGUUGUGGAGAUAAUAUAAUUUUGUUUAUAAACAUUAAGUCAUUACUUUUUUUCCUUUCUUCUUUAAAAUGCUCUAUUUCUGUAUAUGUUGUUUUUAGUGUUUAAGAUAUAUUUUUUAUUAUAUAAUAUAUUGAAAACAUAGUUUUAAAUUGAAUGAUUAUUCUUAGAUCAUGAGUUAUGUGAUACUUUUGAAUUUGCCACUACUAGUGAUACUCAGAUAGAACUGUUUUAAAAGAUUUAAACUUAAGUUAAAAAUUUAUUCAAGUAUUACUAGUUUUAUUUUGAUAUUAUUCAUUAUAGAAACCACUACUAUUCUUAUGCAAGAGAAAACAUAAUCCAACCAAAAAUAACCAACAGAAUAGUAAGCAAGUACCUACUUCUUUAAUUCAAAAAUCGAAAAAAAAAAAACUUUUAUGCAUACUCCGCAUGCUGUGGCUCAAGGUAUUAAUUGUCUGUCUGCAAGUUGUUUUAGGAAGAAAUGGUUCUCAAUGUUUUUUUCAAUGCUUCAGUAGUUUACACAUUUUAUUUGUUGUUAAUUAAUAUAUUUUAUUUAUUUUAUAAGUGUUUUAAAAUUAUUUUUUUAUUAUUGACUUUU